GCUUAGGUAACGUCACUGUCAAAUCUAACUGAUAAUUAUUUUAAGGUUAUUUUGGUUAUUAUUUAAUUAUUUAUAAAUAUAAUCCUUGAUAAUUUUAAUAAUUACAACAAUGCCCCUGCCUCCGGCAAGCGGUACAGGACGCUACUUCGCUAGAGCUGCGAAAUCCAUUCGACUUAUACGCCAAGGGUGUACAAAUAGACCGUUCUAUCAUAUCUCGGUAAUUCACAGAAAAAGAAUCAACAGCCAACCUGUAAUAGAACAGCUGGGCUCCUACGACCCCAUGCCAAACAUUAACAAUGAGAAACUUGUGGCUUUGAAUCUGGAGAGAAUAAAGUUCUGGCUCGGACAGGGGGCACAUGUCACUAACCCGGUUGGUGAACUAUUAGGUUUAGCUGGUUUCUUCCCCAUCCACCCUCGGUCGUACAUGACAGCGUGGAGGAACAGAAGAGCAGAGAGGGAAAAUCAAGCCAAAGCUGAACAGCCUAAAGAGAGUACAAUAUGAGUUUAGUCUAUAAUUUAUUGUUACAUUGUAAGAAAUAUAUUAAUUAAAGUAGGUUUUAUGAAAA